GAGAGCGAGCGAGUGAGCGGGCGGCGCAGCCAGCCUAUCCGGGCUGCCUCGCAGGGAGGGAGGGGGCGGCCGGCCGCCCGGCGGCGACCCCGGGCUCCGGCCGCCACCAUGGGCUUCGAGCUGGACCGCUUCGACGGCGACGUGGACCCGGACCUGAAGUGCGCGCUGUGCCACAAGGUCCUGGAGGACCCGCUGACCACGCCGUGCGGCCACGUCUUCUGCGCCGGCUGCGUGCUGCCCUGGGUGGUGCAGGAGGGCAGCUGCCCGGCGCGCUGCCGCGGUCGCCUGUCGGCCAAGGAACUUAACCACGUCCUGCCGCUCAAGCGCCUCAUCCUCAAGCUGGACAUCAAGUGCGCGUACGCGGCGCGCGGCUGCGGCCGGGUGGUCAAGCUGCAACAGCUGCCAGAGCACCUCGAGCGCUGCGACUUCGCGCCCGCGCGCUGCCGCCACGCGGGCUGCGGCCAGGUGCUGUUGCGGCGCGACGUGGAGGCGCACAUGCGCGACGCGUGCGACGCGCGGCCCGUGGGCCACUGCCAGGAGGGCUGCGGGCUGCCGCUGACGCACGGCGAGCAGCGCGCGGGCGGCCACUGCUGCGCGCGGGCCCUGCGGGCGCACAACAGCGCGCUGCAGGCCCGCUUGAGCGCGCUGCACAAGGCGCUCAAGAAGGAGGCGCUGCGCGCCGGCAAGCGCGAGAAGUCGCUCGUGGCGCAGUUGGCCGCCGCGCAGCUGGAGCUGCAGAUGACCGCUCUUCGCUACCAAAAGAAGUUCACCGAGUACAGCGCGCGCCUCGACUCGCUCAGCCGCUGCGUGGCCGCGCCGCCAGGCGGCAAGGGUGAAGAAACCAAAAGCCUGACUCUUAUCCUGCAUCGGGACUCUGGCUCCCUGGGAUUCAAUAUUAUUGGUGGCCGGCCGUGUGUGGACAACCAAGAUGGAUCGUCCAGUGAAGGAAUCUUUGUAUCCAAAAUAGUUGACAGUGGGCCGGCAGCCAAGGACGGAGGCCUGCAAAUUCAUGACAGGAUUAUUGAGAGUUCUACAGAUGAUGCAAGACUGAUUUUAUGCACAAGGCUCUGAUGACCAAAGGGAGGAAAACCUUCCUUGGCAGUUAGUCUGUCCGAGGCCUUACUUGUUCAAGGCUGCAUGAUGGGAGAGGUUGUUUGGAAGUGACUGCAGCUCAGCUGUGGUGUCCCCUGUGUAGGGGAAGAGAGGUUUUUUCAGGUAAGUUUCUAAUCGAUAGCCACACCUAUU